AUGGUGGCUGAGAAUGAAAAGAACGAGCCUUUGGCGGACUCUCCGACUUCUGUGCUUGAAGAUGAGGAUACCUGCAAAGAGGCAGUUGGAGAUAAGCCAGAGAAAGAACUAUUACUUCCCGCAGAAAAUACAGAUUCUUCUAUUAUUUCAAAGAGCAUGGCAGAAGAGGAAGAGAGGCUGAUGGGAGAGCGACUUAAGGAAGAAGAGGAAAAGAUGAAUGAGCCUAAGGAGGAACCUCACUUGAAUGACAUCCAGUUCACUAAACUUGAUGAGCUUCUUACACAGACUCAGCUUUACUCAGAGUUUCUUCUGGAGAAAAUGGACACCAUCACAAUGAAUGGCCUGGAAAAUGACGACCAAACUGUUAAAGAAGGCAACAAGGGACGUGGUUCAAAAAGAAAGGCUGGCACAAGUUAUAAUACUAGGAAGGCCAAGAGAGCCGUUGCAGCCAUGCUCACAAGAUCUAAUGAUGGUGUCCCUGCUGAAGAUUCAACCCUAACAGAGGAAGAGAGAGUUGAGAAAGAGCAGGCUGAAGUGGUACCUCUAUUAACUGGUGGAAAGCUGAAGUCUUAUCAAAUUAAAGGUGUAAAGUGGAUGAUCUCGUUGUGGCAAAAUGGACUAAAUGGGAUCCUUGCAGAUCAAAUGGGGCUAGGAAAAACAAUUCAAACAAUUGCUUUUCUUGCACAUCUCAAAGGAAAUGGGUUAGAUGGACCUUAUAUGGUCAUCGCUCCUCUUUCUACUCUUUCAAAUUGGAUGAAUGAAAUUGCAAGGUUUGUGCCUUCACUGUAUGCAAUCAUUUACCAUGGUGAUAAAAAGGCUAGGGAUGAUAUUAGAAGAAAGCACAUGCCCAAAAUAAUAGGGCCCAAAUUUCCUAUUGUAAUUACUUCUUAUGAAAUUGCACUAAGUGAUGCGCGGAGAUGCUUGAGGCAUUACAACUGGAAAUAUGUUGUGGUUGAUGAGGGACACAGGUUGAAGAACUCAAAAUGCAAACUGGUGAAGGAAUUGAAACAAUUACCCAUUGAGAAUAAGCUUUUAUUGACAGGCACACCUCUGCAAAACAACUUGGCUGAGCUUUGGUCAUUGUUGAAUUUCAUUCUUCCUGAUAUAUUCUCAUCGCAUGAGGAGUUCGAAUCAUGGUUUGAUUUCUCUGGGAAGUGCAACAAUGAAGCCCUCAAGGAAGAAUUGGAAGAGAAACGAAGGGCACAGGUGGUGGCCAAGCUUCAUGCUAUAUUGCGUCCUUUUCUCCUACGUAGAAUGAAAUCAGACGUUGAACAAAUGCUUCCCCGUAAAAAGGAAAUUAUAUUAUAUGCCACAUUGACUGCUCAUCAGAAGAACUUCCAGGAUCAUCUCAUUAAUCGGACGCUGGAAGAUCACUUACGAGAGACAGUGGAUAGUGGGCGUGGCAUGAAGGUAAAGUUGAAUAAUUUGAUGGUUCAACUUAGGAAGAACUGCAGUCACCCUGACCUGUUGGAGUCUGCUUUUGAUGGUUCUUAUUUUUACCCACCUGUUGAACAGAUAGUGGGGCAGUGUGGCAAGUUUCAGUUGUUGGAUAGAUUGCUGGCCAAGCUGUUUGAGCGCAAGCACAAAGUUUUGAUCUUCUCCCAGUGGACGAAAAUAUUGGACAUAAUGGAGUACUAUUUUUCUGAAAAGGGGUUUGAAGUCUGUAGAAUUGAUGGCAAUGUGAAGUUGGCAGAAAGAAAAAGACAGAUUGAGGAGUUCAACGAUGUUAACAGUGAUUAUAGGAUCUUCCUUCUCAGCACCAGGGCCGGUGGUCUGGGUAUUAAUCUUACUUCUGCGGACACUUGCAUUUUAUACGACAGCGACUGGAAUCCACAGAUGGAUUUGCAGGCAAUGGAUCGGUGUCACAGGAUUGGGCAAACAAAACCUGUUCAUGUUUACAGGCUAGCUACUGCUCAGUCUGUUGAGGGUCGAAUUCUGAAAAGAGCUUUUAGCAAGUUGAAGCUCGAGCAUGUGGUGAUCGGGCAAGGGCAGUUUAAGCAAGAAAGAACCAAGACAGAUGGCAGUGAUGUCAUGACGGAAGAGGAACUGCUAGCACUUCUUCGAGAUGAAGAAGACGGAGAGGAUAAGUGGAUACAAACGAGCAUCAGUGAUGAAAAUCUGGAGAAAAUUUUGGAUCGCAGUGAUCUGAUUACGAAUUCUUCCAAGGACAAAAACCCUGAGACAAAGCCAACCCCUAUUCCUCUUAAAGGACCUGGUUGGGAAGUUGUUAUCCCAACCACAACUGGUGGAAUGCUGUCGACCCUCAACAGCUGA